AUGCAGCAUCAUCCCCACCACACCCAGCAGGGUCCGCCUCCGCAUCACCUCCAGCAGCCGCGUCCCUCGAGCAUAGUGCAUCAACAGCACCAUCAGCAGCAACAAGCUCCUCCAUCGCAACCGCAGCACUCCAACCCAUACCCGCCCGCUCACGGCCUGCCCCAAUACGCCACCCAGAGCGCCCCAGGGCCAGCUGGACAGCAUCCUCAGGACUUGCCGUACUACGGGGCACACCCAAGCCCAUAUAGCACCCCAAGCGCGUCGGGUACAUAUUCAUCUGCAGCUCCAGAAACCCCAGAUAUCAUGGCAGCUACCCAGAUGUCGCGUCCUUACCCCCCAAUCUCAUACCAUACGCCGCAGUCAAAUUCUCCAGCGUCAGUCGCGUCGCCAUCGGCACACGACCAGCGACACCUCUAUGGCGCGCCGCCGUCGCAGUUGCAGCAGAAUCCUCAAAUGUACUAUGCCGCGCCUCAACAGCAGUAUCCGCCGCCAAUGGCCGCUCAGGGGGGACCAUCUCCAUACGCGCCUCACCCCCAGCAGCAGCAACAGCAGCAUCAUCAAUCGAUGACUUCACAGCCAAAUCUGCUCAUGUCGCACAGUCAGAACCAGCACCAGAUGCAGCAGCAUCCAGCACAGCACCCACAACAGGCGAUCACCGGCAGCCCCAGACCAAAGAUGGAGCCCCAUGUGCCCCAGAUGCAAAAUCGCCCGGCCGCUCCUCUGGGCCCGCCUCAGCAUCAAGCCAAUGGAUCCCAAAUACAGCAGAACAAUAUGCCUGGUGCUGGAAACGGUGUCAAUCCAAAUGCGGCGCCUGGCCCAAUUCCGGCAACUACCCCAUUAGUCGUGCGACAAGAUAACAAUGGCGUGCAAUGGAUCGCGUUCGAGUAUUCGCGAGAUCGCGUCAAGAUGGAAUACACGAUCCGAUGCGACGUGGAAUCGGUGAACGUCGAGACGCUGAGCCCCGAAUUCAAGACGGAGAAUUGCGUGUAUCCGCGCGCUUGUUGCAGCAAGGAUCAGUACCGCGGGAACCGGUUGGUGUACGAGACCGAGUGUAACACAGUUGGCUGGGCUUUGGCAGAGCUGAAUCCAUGUCUGCGUGGAAAGAGAGGAUUGAUUCAGCGAGCAGUAGAUAGUUGGCGCAACAGCAACCAAGAUCCCCGGCUGCGGAGUCGACGCGUCCGGCGAAUGGCCAAGAUCAACAAUCGCAAGGCUGCUCAGGUCGCGACACACCCUCCUCACAUGGCUGGCCCAACGGGCCCGACAGGGAUGCCGCCAGCUCCCAACAUGGGGCCAAGCGGUGCAGGAAGCAUGCCCAAGCCCAGCAUGGGAGGUGGGAUGGGUAACUCCCAGCUCCAUCACCACCACAAUCACCCUGAUGGCAGCACCCAAGGCGAGGAAGUCGGUGACAACGAUGAAUAUAUCGAUGGCCAACUCCACCACCAUCAACCUCCGAAUGGCCCUCCUACCCAGAGCCCUGACGAUGUCCGCCAAGCUCACGUCUACCCCGCCUACUCGGCCUACCCACCCCCAGCGCUCGGCGCAGGAGGAUCCUCGAUGCCACCUUCGAUCCAUAAUCAACAUCAGCCGGCUCCACACCCGUCACACGUUGCGCCUAUUGCCGCCUCGCGAUCGCAUGCCAAGGUCGAGCUCGAUGAAGAAGCGCGUCUCUCCCUGUUCGGCGAUAUCCCGGAGGCGAAGAAGAGGAAGUUCAUCCUCGUCGACGACCCGGGAAAGGGUGGUAGAGUACGUGUGAGAGUUACCCUUGAUACUGUUGACAUCAAGGAAAUCCCAGAUUCUUUCAGGAAGAGCAACUCGGUUUAUCCACGCAGCUGGUUCCCACUGGAAAUGCAAAGUCCCCCUCCAAGUGCUACCGGCAGUCGUUUCUUCGAGAGCGAUGACUUCGAUGACGGUGACGAGGUGGAACCUACUGGAGGUGCAAAGGCCGGUCGACGAAGCCGCGGACGUAUGGCUGUCAGUGUGCCAUUGCCUGAUGGGGGUGAAGGAGAAGUCCAAGCCCCCCGGAUGAUGAAGAGCGUUCGUGCUAAAGAAGUCCGCUUGAAUGAUCUGGGAUAUCGGAUGACUUGGCAUCAGAGCAGAGUGUUUGCAGAUAAGACUGUGUUUCUGCAGAAAGCUCUGGACUCAUAUCGUAAUAAAGUCCGCUCGACUAUGGAAGGACUUGGGAAAGGUAUUGCUACCGCUCCACAUUUUGAGACGAGAGUUGGGAAGAGGAGGUGGAACGAGAGGUCCAAGGGGAAGGGCAGGGAGGAUGAGCCUUGA